UCACACUACCCCUGCUCCUUUGUACUCAUCUCUCUCCGUUUUGAUUUCCAGCCGGACGAAAAAGGGAAAUUUGAGGGCAUUUUUGAGAGUCUCACCCCUGUGAAGGGCCUCCUUUCCGGCGAUAAAGUCAAGCCCGUCUUAAUCAACUCGAAACUACCUCUGGAUGUGUUGGGGAAGAUUUGGGACCUGGGCGACGCGGACAAAGAUGGCUACUUGGACAAAGAGGAAUUCAUUGUGGUCAUGCAUCUUGUGUACCGAGCCAUGGAGAAGGAGUCGGUGCCGGUUGCCCUGCCCCCAACCCUUAUCCCACCCUCCAAAAGGAAAAAGGUGGCAGGCGCAAUACCCGGCGCCGUCGCCGUGCUACCCUCCAGGUCCGCCUCCUUUGCUCUCAAGGAUAGCACGAGAAGCGUCUCUCCCCUUCCCGCCGUCUCUCCCUACGCCAGCCCGACGGCCACGCCAAUCCUACGGCGCACCUUUGAAGCCAGCAAACGGCCGGAGCAGCAGCAAUGGGUGGUGCCGGUGGCUGACAGGGAGCGCUACAAGGACAUCUUCAAGAAAACUGACACGGAUAACGACGGACUGGUCGAUGGAACGGAGGUCAUCGAGAUCUUCAUGCACUCCAGCUUAUCCCAGACCAUGCUGGCACAAAUCUGGGGCCUCGCGGACACUAAACAGACGGGCAAGCUGACCCAGGACCAGUUCUGCCUCGCCAUGCAUUUGAUCCAGCAGAAGAUCACCAAAGGCAUCGACCCGCCAACUUCUCUCACUCCAGACAUGAUUCCCCCCUCGGAGAGGACGACAAGCUUGGUGGGCUCUUCAGCGACGCUUCCUGACUUCACCACCUUAGCGCCCGCUGAGGUGACGGGCGUCAAAGAACUGGAUGACCUCAGUCAGGAAAUAAGUCAGCUGCAGAGAGAGAAAUUAAUCCUGGAACACGAGCUCAAAGAAAAGGAGGAAACCAUCAGAAGACAAAAUCAUGCUGUUCAAAACAUGCAGCAUGACGUGGAAAGGGAGAGCAGCAGUUUGCAGGACAUACAGUCGCAGAAGCGCGACGCCCAGCAGCGUCUGGACGAGAUGGACCAGCAGCGCUCUAAACUGGAAGGGAUGCUCAACGACAUCAAGCAAAAGUGUCAGGAAGAGUCGCAGACGAUCUCCACUCUGCAAAGCCAAAUCCGCUCGCAGGAGAACGACCUUCGGAGCCAGGAGAAAGAGGUGGGCCGCACCAAGGCGGACCUCGGCCGCCUGCAGGACGAAGAGGCGCAGCUGGAGCACAGCCUGCAUUCGGGCCGCCUCCAGCUGGAUAGUAUCCUCAAGUCUCUCAAGACCGCUCAGGAAGAGAUCAGCCAGGCUCGCAGCAAGCUGUCGUUGAUCCAGGAGAACCAGAAGGAGUUUACCAAGACCAUUGAGCAGUACAACAGCGCCCUGCGCGACCUCACCGGGGGGAGCAAUAUGGCCGACGCCAGUCACCUCUUCACAGAGAAGGAGAACGGCACCUUCGGGGGCGCGGCGGAUGAAUCCUUCAAAACCAGAUUAGCCAUGUUCAACACCAACGCGGCUCCAGCGGACCCCUUCCAGGCGCAGGACCCCUUCCACGAUCCUUUGGUGGGAAGUGACCCCUUCAGGGGGAGCUCGGCUGGUGAUCCAUUUAGCGGGGCGGGUGGCUCGGAUCUCUUUGCGUCCUCGGAUACCUUUGGAGAAAAACCCAAGCCGCCAGUCAAGCCCGGCUCGGUCCGCGCUCGUCUCGGCUUCUCGUCCAACAGCCCAAAACCGAAGCAUUCAGAGUCGGUGCGCCUGCCGAACCACCUCUUUUCAGGGAACCCUUUGAGGGGCAAGAAGUCUGACAAUCCUGUUGUACCAUCAAAGAAAAGCGCACCCAACCGGCCCGCCCCGCCCUACGACUCGGGUAGAGCUCCCACGGAUGUUCAUUCCGCCUUUGGAAGUGAAAGCCAGCGGCUGGAGCGGGCCAAGCGGGAGAGCGAGCGCGAGGAGCGCGAGCGGCUGCGGAGACUGCGGCUCCAGGAGCAGCGGGACCUGGAGCUGGCCAUCGCGCUCAGCCGGGCCGACGCUCACGGCUCCUGAGGGGGCCCGCCGACAAGCCGCCUUCCUGCAGACAUUUGCACUGUCACCACACUCCAAAAAGCCCCCGUCAGCCCCCCCCGCCUUUCUCGUGCAUGAGCCCAGUGACGCCCCCGCCGCGCUCUGGCCUCAAACGACUCCACAUUUAGCAUGUAAUCUAUGUUCAUUGCUCCCAAACGCCAAGGCAACUAUAAUCAUGGCCGGGAUGGAUCCCCUUGAUGUCGAGCGUGGCUUCAUCUGCGCACAACGUCGCCAUUUAGGGAAAACACAAAGCAGAUGGACACUCGAUGCUGCCUUAUUCCAAAGCCUGCACGCAAGCUAACAUUUUAUUAUUAUUAUUAUUAUUUUUUUUGCCUGUGUUUGUGUGUUUCAUUGUAUUUAUAAGGUAUGCUACGAAUGGGUGUGAAAUGUCCACAUUUGCCUUUUAAUUGUCUUUGAGGGAGCCAGGACGCUUGCUCGUUUGCAUCUGCAAUUCGAUUUGCUACGUUACGCUUCAUGACGUUCUUAAAUGAGGUCCAAUAAAAGAGUUGCAUCCAAAAUGUUUUCCGCACAGUGCUAUCCUGAGAGGGGCCUUCCCAGCUGCAAACUCCAACCACAAUUCCAAGUAAAUUGCUCAAUAAAUGCAAAAGUCGCCGUUCUUAUCUUUGCCGGGACACAUUUUUGAUGGCGCUGUUCUAUUGGACCUCAUUGGAUACCCAACGAAAUGACCAGUGGAUGUAUUCCAGCUGGGACAAUCACAUGCCGUUUUUUUUUUUUUUUAAUUCCCUCGCACUGCAACGUAUUUGUGUCUACACGUCUGUUACUUAGCGACUUAAGUCCCCAGAUUUGCGAGCAUUUUAGUCCUGAAAUUGCAGUUAGGUUAAUCAUAUGAGGAAUCAAGCACUCGCCCAAACUGUAUUUUAUUUUAUUUUGGGGUACAUUGUGUGUAUAUAAGACGUUUGAUUGCCUCUAUAAAAGCCACUGGUACUGUUACACGAAUUUCCAUCACUUUAACCACAAGGGCUCUGCACUACCGCCGUUACAAGGUCGCCUCUUCUGUUUAUACUCAUUAGAUUCGAUUUUUUUUGUUUCGUUUAGUUUUGCUUUCUCUCCGACAUUGUUUUCAACAAUGCCGCUGAAGCUCUUCACUCUAAUCCCGGGGUAGGGAACUGCGGUUGGGCGAGAGGCCUGUCCCCUUGCCCGUUUUCGGUCCCCCCCCCUCCCUCCAUCCCACGCACCUGAUUCAGUUGUUGCUAAUCACUUCAGGCCUCGACGCGGCUCGCUGAUGAGCUGCUCGUUUGAAUCGGGUGCGCUGCAACGGGGAGACUCGGAAAACAUGCAGGGCGGCGGCCCGCCGGGACACCCCCUGACCUAGAGGGAGAACCAAAGCAGGCAGCGUAUGGCUCUCCCAGGUACCGCGGUUCCACACCCCUCCUCUAAUCGAUGAUUUGGCACAGGAACGCGACUCGUUUAUCAACCUCUCGUCAUUCUGUGCAUUUAUUUCAUGCUGGAAGAAGGUCACGUUUAUCUUGUUCAUAAUAAAUCUGCUAUUUAACGUUCA